GACUUAUCAAAAAGUUUUGCAGUAAAGACAGCAGUGAUUCAUCGUCUCUCAUGACAUCCGUGGCCCCCUGUGUUAUGAAAGCCUCCGAUGAGUUGCGGACAAUUGUGACAGGUUGUCUAUCGGGAGACGCAUCUAAUAUGUUGUCUAAGUUAUGCAAUUCCGAGUCCAGAGCUGAGAUGACUAAAUGUAUGGGAACUGGAUUCUCCAAAAUUACCGACCGAUCAGCCAGAAAAGCGAUUAAGGGAUCAAUUAAAGAUAUAACCUCAUGUCUCCAAAAUGUCAAUACAGUCGACGAUGAGAUACCGGAGCUCUCAGAGCGCAGCCUAAACUUAAAAAAGAUGAAAAACUCGAAGGCAUCAAAAGAUGUGAAGUGGGAAAAGGGUCACAAAAGGGGGAGGGGUGGGAAUAAACUGCAUAAAACUCGGCACAGCAAACACGGUAAACAUGGCACAGGUAUGGGUACCGGUAUGGGCGUCGGCAUGGGUGCGGGUUUAGCGUCCAGUUUAUUUGGCGGUAGUGGUGGUGCUAAUGUUAAUCCAAUGAAACCCAUGCAACCAAAUGCACCGGGAACAGUGAUUGACAUUGGUGUAGAUGAGCAUGGCAAUUUUAUACCAACUGGUGUAUCAGGGUCUAAUGCUGGUGGUGUGGUGGUGAAGGACCCAAACGGAAAUACCAUUCCCUGGAAUGAGUUCACAAAUACUAAUAAUAAUAAGCCUAUGACUGAAAAUACAGCAAAUAAUGGCAAUACAGGUGCUGUGGACAGCGGAUACGGUAAAGGAUCUGAAGUGACAACCGAUGAUGACUUGGAUGAGGUCCUUAAGACAACUAUAGUGACGACUCCUUACAAUUUCACGGGAAAAGUGAUUUUGACGACCGGAUCCAGUUCUGGCAUAGGGGAGGGUAUUGUCAAACUGUUCUCGCGAUUGGGUGCCAGUGUUGUGGUCACCGGUAGGAAAGCCGCUGAAGUCAAACGAGUGGCAAAAGAAGCUCAAGAAUUAUCGCCAAAUAAUUUGAAGCCGUUGGAAGUGGUGGCAGAUGUGGCCAAAAGUGAGGAUUUAAAACGACUUUUGAGUGAAACGAUCAAAACCUUUGGAAAAUUAGAUAUUUUGGUGAAUAACGCUGGGAUGGGUUGGUAUGUGAAUAUUAAGGACGACGGUAUACUGGCUAACUUUGAUCAGACUAUGAAUGUCAAUCUAAGAUCGUAUAUUGAAUUAAUUCAUAUGUCUGUCCCUUAUUUGGAUAAAACCAACGGAAGUAUUAUCAGUAUUUCGAGUAUCGCUGCUCUCAAACCGACAUUUGUUGGACUUUCGUAUUCAGCGUCCAAAGCAGCCCUCGAUAUCGUGUCUAAAGUUAUGGCCACAGAAUUGGGUCCAAGAAUAAGAGUCAAUGUUAUUAAUCCGGGUCCAGUGCUAACAAACUUUAUAAGCAAUAAUCCGGUGGCGGAUCCGGAAAAAUUUGCCGGAAGUUUCAAUGCAAUGAUUGGACGAAUACCACUUCGAAGAGCCGGGUCAUCCCUAGACAUCGCCAAAGGGGUGGCAUUCCUGGCCUCACCUGAAGCGGGCUUUAUUACUGGCGCUAAUAUUGUGAUGGAUGGAGGGACUAACCAAGACCAAUUAGGACAGAGGUGUCAACAGAUGCUGAUAACUGUUCAAGAAAUGCGUGAUAUGUAUGAGUUUUGCGGCGUUUCUCUAAUCGUGUCAAUACUAGUGGUGUGGAGUGUGUCGCACACGGAGUCGGCCACCACUUACAUACCGGCCACCGAGACUAGCACCUGGACCGAGAUAUCUACGGACUCGAGUGGACAACAGUAUAUCAUAGAGUACGUGGACGUCAUAAACAUCGCCCAAGAGAUCAAGGAUGUGAUCCGGAACGCCCUCACCUGUACUCAGUGUACGCGCAAGAAGUGUACCCUAAGUCUGAAGCGGUUAACCGAUAUAUUCUGGCAGUUAUACCUCACCGAUAAAGUACAACACGCCGCCUGUCUGGCCGCACUCGACCCCUUCAUACUGUUGGGGCUCAGGGGUAACCUCACCAAUCUAUCCAGUGGC